AACACACACGUCACUGGAGCGCACGUAACUCCAAGCUGUCACCCGCGAAGACGAUGUCAACGUGCCUCCUGACAGGAUUUCCUGGGGAAGAGUAGCACGUGCUAAUUAUUUCGCUGGAAGUGUCGGUUGAGCCAUGGAGACGCUGUACCACCAGACGAAUAAACUGGUCCAGGAGACCCAGCACCUGUUCACGCAGUUGGACAAACGACUGCCUAACCUAGAUCACGGCGCAGUGGAGAGUGAAAUUUUGUCGAAAAUUGGAGUAAUCAACGGCAACUGCGAAAGACUGGACGUCCUCUGUAUGAAGGGCCCAAUAACCCAGCGGCAAAAUGCAAAAAUGCGAGUAGAUCAGUUGAAAUACGACAGCCGUCACCUGACAGCGGCCCUGAACUCCUGGAGGGCCCAGCAGGAACGUAAGAGAGAGGCCGAGGCCGAGAGGGAGGCCCUCCUCUCCCGGAAAUUCACGACAAACGAUCACAUCGAGAUCAACAUCGAUCGCGAUAUUCAGUACAACAGUCAAGUGGCCAGCGCUAACCAGGGGAUUGACAACCUCCUGGCGCAUGGCAGUGGCAUAAUCGAGAGCCUGCGGUCCCAGCGGAUGACCCUGAAGGGCGCCCACAAGCGCCUCAUCGAUAUUGGGAACGCCCUGGGGCUCUCCAACACCACCAUGAGGCUCAUAGAGCAGAGGGCGAGGGCUGACGGCUUCAUACUAGUCGGUGGAAUGCUCUUCACUGUUCUCGUCAUGACUCUCGUCGUUGUCUACCUCACGUGAAUUCAAAUUAUUAUUUUUUAUCUUAAAAUCAGCAAUCACACGUCUGUGGUGUACACAAGGGGGAGAAGGGUCAAACGACCUCUCUUCGAUCGUCAAUAACUCAGGAUCGGCUGAGUGAAAAACAGAAAUUUUUAUCUCAUUUUGAAGGCCUUUCUUCGAUCUUUGAAAUGAGCUCUGAUUUAGCCAAAUCGCGUCGUUGGGUCGGGAGAUAUUGAUGAUCUAAGAAGGACGAUUUUUAUCGUUCUCCAUGCAGAAUAAGAAUUAAUGCUGCUGGUGUAAUUUUUGGAAAUUGUUUAUACAAAUUGUUGAUAACUGAUGGUGGGUUUUUACACAUCUGCACUGGGGAUUAACUGUAAAUAACAUUUUUCGAAAUUUUUGAGGGGUGCGAGAAGAGAAUUCACGAGUUUUCAAGGAAAAUCUCAUUUUUUAAUUUUGUUUUUUGUGAAAUUUUGGAAUCACUCGUUUUCAAAAUAAUUUGUUAUUUGAAAAUGCGAGAGGUGGAUUCUCCUCUGAAUUUCCCCCAUCAUUACACCAAAUUACGAAACUACGUGUGAAAAUCUAGACAUGCAAUACUGUAAUUUAUAUCUAAAUGGAGCUAAAAUAAAUAAUUUAUACACGAUAUUGACAUUCCUCAGUACGAAUCUACGUAAAUCGAAGAUUAUUUCAUAUGUAUGUACAUAUUAACUUCGUAUUUGAAAUUGUAAUAAAUGGCUCUAGACCCUCUCAACUA